UCAAUAUUAAACUCGUUUCAAGCUGUAGCUUCAGUGAAAGCUUGUUGAAUAAAAACAAAUCCGUUGGACAACAAUCUCCGCGAAGGAAUUGGCAGGACAUCCCGUGCGAUGCAAUGAACCCUGUACCGAAUCGCGAAUUCCUGGAAGUGCAUCCUCUGCACCAGCACCAGCCACACUGCAAGCAGCAAUGCUUUGUCUUUACGGAGAUUGCGGACAUCGAACUGCCCGCGGAGAUAACCAAGUUCGGCGGGGGAAAUGAAAAGAUAAGAUGCUCAAAUGGAGGAAUCCCCUCAUACAGUUCCAAGAAGGACUCCUGCAGCGAGUCCUCAGGGGAGCGUCCCGAGAGAUCUCGUGGUCGAAAGAUUUUACUUGGCGUUGGUUUAGUUCUCGUUUGCAUCGCUAUGGCUGGAGGAAUCCCCUUGGCCCUUCAACUGCGUUCUUCCUCGCUCCUGGAGGCGCGUCUUGCCUUCAUCCGCCGCUUGCUCACGGAGUCGCCUCUGAUUGAAGGCUCCUGGAAGCCGCCAAGCACCAUGAGCCUCAACAGCAGCAAUCUGUUCGAGGUGCGACAGAACCACAUCGGAGCUGUCCUCUGGCCCAUUGCCGUGCCAUGCGGAGCCCAAUAUUUGGAUGCAGUGCAGCUCACAUUGGAGGGUAUUGAUAAGGCCAAGCGUAUCACAGCUGCCACAGAUUCUCUACAUAUCGUGGAGUCCGCCGACGAGAUGGAGCAGACCCACAUUCGCGGCGAGGUCGCUGUUCUGAUGGGCAUCAGUGGUGGCCAUGCUCUUGGGACCAGUACCGCCGUUCUCCGAUCGAUCUACCUUCUUGGUGCCCGGUUCGUGUCGAUCACAAGUCUGGAGUGCACCACACCGUGGGCAUCAGCGGCUAUCCGCCGACCCGACUACCUUGUCGAGGAGAACAUAACCAAUUCCUUUAACGAAUUUGGACAGACAAUGCUGUUCGAGAUGAAUCGCUUGGGGAUGCUGGUGGAGAUUUCAAUGCUGAGCGAAGCUGCUAUGCUGGCAGUCUUGAAAACCGCCAAGGCCCCCGUACUUCUGACCAAUGCCACACCACUUUCCAUGUGCAAUAGUACCAAUAUAGCCUCCAUUCCGGAUCAUGUGCUCAGCCUGUUACCGGAGAAUGGGGGCGUCAUUUUGCUCAAUUUGGAGCGCUGCGGUGAUCGGACCCUGAGCGUCCGGGAGGCCAUCACUGCCAUCAACUAUGUGCGCAAGGUGGCUGGAGUGGACCACAUCGGUCUAGGAGGAGCACCCAAAAGCUAUGCCCUGCUUUUGGCCGAACUGGCGAGGGACAGGGUGUGGGGCAAUGCGGCCAUCAAGAAGCUGGUUGGCGGAAAUGUCAUGAGGAUUCUCCGCGAAAUCGAGACUUUGAAGAACCGGCUGCCGUUGUACGAAGAGUGGAUUCCACAUGAGUCCAUCGAGAGCAAUUCCUACUGCCGAUAUCCGGAAUCUUAAGACCAAGUUGCAUCACUUAGCUCAAGCGUUUGUUCUAAUGUAAUUACUGAA